UGUAACUACACUUAGGUAAUUACUCGCACAAAACACAUAUACACACACACAAAAAAAAAAAAAAAAAACACAACACAAACUUUUAUACAAUACAAUAUUAUAAAUGAAAUGGAUGAUGAAUGCAGAAGUUAAUAUAAUAAGACUUGCUUUCACUAUGAAAAUUAAAGAAUUAAAUGUGUGUACAAAGGGUAAAUUAAAAAUUUCUCUUAGACUUGCCUUGAAUGUGAAUCUUAAAAUAUAUAAUACUGUUGCAAUGUAUUACAAUUUUUACUUAUUUGGCACUACAGAUUUUCCAAUAUGGCAGUCUUUAGAAUGCCAACAUUCUUAAACAAGUUCUCUGUAAUAUGAUGUAACGUGGACUUUAAUUAAUUUUAACGACACGUGAUUUGUGGAGAGCUACUGGAUAAGAUAACAUAACUGAGGAGUGAGUAAUCGUCAUGUUAGAGAAGCAAAGUCAGUACUGCGACUUGACUUCAUGGAGGGAGGAGGUAGAGGCGGCAAGGGAGCCACUGAAUGACCAUCUCUCUAGUAAAGCCAACUCAAUAUUUGUCAAGAAACGUGAGGACAAUCAUUAAUUGUUUUUUUUCCAUGUUGCAAAGCUUUCUUUUAACUUGUUUACAUACCUUUAAGACACAAAAUACACACAAACUAUAAGAGAUGGGACAUGCAUGAGAGUGCUGCUUUAAUGGAAAAAGCUUGCAUGACAUUUGUUGAUAAAAAUAUAAAAAAGUUUAAGUGUUUAUACUGUAUGUGGUCAUCUUAACAAGACACUUUAAGCUUUCACAUGUGUGCUCAUCAUCUGCCAGUGGACCAGUUGAUUAGUACUAAAAUGUAAACAGUUCAAUGUUCUGAACUGAGUAUAAUGUAUUGUUAUGAAACAUUUUAUUUUUUAUUUAACAGAUAUUUAUAUUAGUUUUCUAAUAUGCAGUUUUAAUACAGUAAACCAUCACAUAUUAGCAAGGUUUUCCCUUGGCCUUCAUAAAACUACAAUAUGAAUUGUGAAUCCUCUUGUUAAAGAUUUUAGGGAACGAAUUGAUUUUGUUUCAGAGACCCUGAUUCCUAAAAGUCUUUUUGUACUUUGUCAGUAAUGUCCAGUAAUAUCACUGAUGAAUAAUGUUUAUAUAUAUAUACAGUAUAUAUAUAUAAAUAUAUAUAUGAUUCAGAUAUGUAAUAAAUAAAAACAUAAACGGACUGUUCAAGUGACAUGCACAUCAUCCACUACACAAAAAACAUUCUUGUCUCUUAACUCUUAUCAAAGUUCAUUGUAAAGAUAUUUGAGUGACUAAAAUCACUGUUAUCUAUUGGAAAUGAUUAAUAACUCAACUAUGAGAGAAUUUAUACUGAGCACUGUGUAAUCUUAUAAGUACUAAUAGAGGUUUUAAUUUUCAAACCUAAAGCAGAUAAAUCAUGGAUUAUCUCUAUUUUUCUGUAAACUUUUGCUAUGAAAAGAUGCUGCUUGUCCUAAUUGCGUCUAAAAACCAUCUAGUGUAUAUGUACAGUUUGGUGAUACCACUUGACACAGCACAGUACAGUAAUUAUAAACGUGUGAAUGUUAGUCGAUUCCUUAAUUUUCAUGCAAUAUACUGAGUUCAUUCAUUGUAUCAAACUCUGCUAUACAGUACAAGUACAGUACAGCAAUCAUAGUCUAUAACAUUAUUUAUAUGCUAAAAAAAAAUUAAAUUGCAAUGUAAAUAACUGAAUUAUGUUCUAAAUUUAAAAAAAUAAUUUGAAUUAAUGUGGGAGGUAUUGGCAACAAUAAUCAACAUGAGACUGUGCAAUAAGACACUACUGAUGGCAUGAGUAAAUUUGUUCAAUUAGUCAAAUGAUCACUGCCAAACAUAUCUAUGUCCAUGAUGAUGUCAGUAUGUUUACAAACAUCUCUACUGGAGCUACAGGCAAAGAAAUUUUGAGUCAUCAUGCAAACUGAACGAUACUAAAGGUGAUAAUGCCCUGUUCUUCAUAAGUUUCAUAAGAGGUGUUAUAUAAAUGAAAGCAAGGUGAAAGGAGGAAAUGAGGAUGAAACAUGGUAUUACUGUCCUAGCAAUCCCUUUCCAAUUAUUUAGAUUGCAACAAUUGCUCUGAAUAAUUAUUAUAAAAACACAUAGAACAAAAAUUGCAGAGUUGUGUUUUUGAGCACAAAAUCUGAUAAGUGAUGUUAUAAAUCAACCUGUCCUCUUAAAAAGAACGUCGCAUUUCGCUCGUAUGCGUUACAUAAGGCCAAAAAUUGUGAUGUACUGCCCCAUUUUCUGUUUUGGGUCCUCAGACAGGUUAGGAGAGGACACUUUAAUUUGACCAUUUCCUUGGCGUUGGGAAACCUUAGGAGGACGGGCUGAAUAAUAAUCUUGGUGGUUGUUACCAAUACACGCCCACUACAGAGCCAAGAGUCACGUUCACACACAGCCUCAGGUAUAGAACAUGUACUAAUGUUUUCAAAUACACUUGUGCACUUACCUUAUGUAUUUUCCGUUUCUCGAUAAUUAACCACAUUUUCCUUUGAAUUAUGAAUCAUUAGUGAAAUGUAAAGUUUAAUGACAUUAUAGUAACAAUAUAGGUUGUUUCUGGGAGGAGCCCCUUGGUGGUUUCCUAAAGCUAUCCAGUCAGGAGUCAUGUUUGACCUACCAGGUACCAGAACCAUGACCUGACCCCCCCCCCCCCUUCCCUCACAGAGGCAGAGAAAGCAAGGGAUUAUUAACAUCACCAGGAAAGCAUCCAGAAAGUCAUCGAAGCUUUACAGACAACUGUAAGGUUAAUACAAAAUAAAGCAUAGAAAUGGCUAAAUGACUAUGCAAACAAUUUGUUCACAAUAAUUGGCUCAUUUGAAACUAGUUUGAACCUGUUAGUAGCAGUGGUUCAUCACUAGGUGCCCUGGAGCCGUCAGUCUUGUUGCUUAUGUGGAUGAUUCCAGUAGCGUGCGCCUAGGUCACCAUCCUUCUCAGUUGGUCCCACUGCUUCUCAACUAAGUGCACCCCUGUGAUGGUGCUUUAAGAGAGGGGGGGGUAUCUGGCCCAUUUUGUCAUCUCCUGGUCCCACGAUUUGUGAGCCACUUGAGUCAUCUCCCUUGGCAUUUGGUGGAGUGUGUCAUCCCUUCCUUUGUUCCGGGUUCAGAGUUGUGGGGUCAUGAGUCCUCCCUAUUGCUGUGCACAAGGUCAUUACAACAUGGUUGGAUUUGGGUGUGGUCAAAAAGACCUCGUCUCUUCAGUGGUGUCAAUUUGGACACACAGCAUGGUGCGUGAGUACAGCUUGCUUUCCUGCUCCUUUGGCUCAGUGUCCAAACUUGGGCAUUUUCCAUGUCUCUGCCUCUUUAUCAGCAGACCAGUCCAGCAACAUAUCUCACUGAUUUGUCCUUCUCCGCUCUACACGUCCAUUCACAACUUUAGGAAAAGGGUCGACAAAGAAAUUGAUUGUUAGAAUAAGUGAGGCUUUAGUGCAAUCGGUAUAAGGCAAAUAGGCUGGGCAUAAAGAGCUAGACCUUACUUCCCCGUAGGCACUUUUUUUUUUUAAUUUAUAUAUAUAUAUAUACAAGAGUUAUUACAUGUAAAGCCACUAGCAAGCAUAGGAUUUCAAGCAGGUCCUUAAUCCUAAUUUUCCUUGGCAUAUAACCCCCCCAAAUCGUUUAACAACCAGGUACCCAUUCAAUGCUGGGUGAACAGAGGCUGCAGUUAAGAAUUGGAGCAAAGUCAAUCCUCCCCAAUCAGGAUACGAAUCCAGGCCAAAGUGCUUGUGGAGUAUCGGGCGAGUGCCUUACCACUGCAAAAACAGGGACUGGCACUGAUAGGGAAGUAUGUCUAGAGUUUCUGAUGCUGGGUCAAUUAUUAAUUGUGUUGCAAGCAGUUGAUUGGGGCUCCAAGCCACCUUGUAGUGGCAAGCAGCACAAAUAGGUUUGAACUACAUUAGUUUUGAAUAAACCAACUGCUGAGAAUGAAUCAUUUGCAGUCAUUUCGCUGUUUUAAUAUUCCGUUUUCUAUGAGCAUUGCAGUUGUCUGUAAAGCUUCACUGACUUUCUGGAUACUUUCCCAGCAUGGGUGACACUAAUACUCCCUUACUCCUUGCGUCUCUGGAACUGAGCCAGGUUCUGGCUCUGGUCCCCAGUACGCCAAACAGGAAUCCAGUAGUGGAUAGCCAUCUCGGUGAGAUACCUUUAAGGAGCCACUUGGGGUUCUACCAGAAAGAGAGAGUUUCAUUACAUUUAAUGCUGGUUUUAUUACCAAUAACAUUUCUUUGAGCAUAUGAAGAUAUUAGUUAUUUUUAGGGAACUUGUUACAGUAGUUGUAUAACAGUUGUAUGGUGAAAAAUUACUUAAAUGCUUGUACAGUACCUUUGAACUGUGAAGAUAUUGAACUGUUCUUAAGGUGUUUAUUAUCUAAUUUAUACAAGGAGCUCUGUACCUCAAAUUCAUAUGCAGUUAUAAAUGUUAAGUUGAGAACAGCAAAAUAUCUUGGUGCUAACUCUUGAAAAAAUUAGAUAAGUACUGUACUGUAUUUGGGUAUAAAUUUUCUUAGUGUGGUUAACAAGUGCAGUACAGUAUAUGUAAAUGACAUCAAAAUUUAUUCUUUACAAAUUUUUCUGUAGAUAUCUUAAAUAUAUUUUUGUACACAUUACUGGUCUAGUAAUACCAGUACUAAUUAAUUCUUUACUCAAUUUCAAUAAACAUCCUUAUGUCCUUUUCAUCUUUUGCUUAAGUAAUGCUGCUUCAUUCACCUAGUAAAUAUUCCAGAAGAUAUUUGAUCUUUAAAUGGAAGGAUAGACAUGUAUGGCUGAACUUUGAAAAUACUCUAUUUUCAUUGAGUCUCUAAUUUGGAUGUGGUUUAGCUAUCACAAUUACUGUAUGUGUUUUUAUAAUGCCUAUGUCCAAGCGAUGGUCAUUGGUGCUGCCUAAGGUAAGGAUCUCCUGUCUCAUAUGACCAGGACCACAUACAGUCAGGCAGCACAACAUUCUGGCCAUGGUAUCACAAAGAUCUUUUAAACCAUCCCUGCAUGCCCAUUGAAAAUACAGUGAAAUUGCUGAAUAAAAACUCAAACCAAUGUAUAGGGCUCAUGCUAAGUACUAGUUUGAUUGGCUGGCUACCGAUGCUGAGCACUGUAGCGAUCUAUCUGCUACUUUGGUUAGGCAACAUGACCUACAAUUUCUCCAAUGCCUCAUCUCUUUCACACACACACACACACCUACUGGGGAUAAAUUACAGCCAGCCUAGACAUCAAUAUACACACACUUGACAUAAGUAUGGGCUUUCAAAUAAUUCGUCCUCCACCAUCUACGAAGUCGGCUCCACAAGUGGCUUCUAUUACCAACAUUGAACUCUUGGCACUGACUGCAAACACUGGACUUUUAUCACCCUGCCAUCUAACCUAUCGGUGACUUUUGAUGGCUCCACAAACCACACUGGUGGAAGACUCCUUCCUGGAGGGCAUCCAAGAGGUUCAUGCUGAUUAGCAGCAUGGAGGUCAAUCUAAUCAACACUGUCACCUGCUCCACGCCCAACCUCAUCCAUGCCCUCACAAAUGCCUCCAUGCCCAUCCGCAUACAUACUUCAACGCCCACCCUAAUACAAGCCCAUAUGCCCAGCCUCGUACCGGACUCUACACCCACCUUCAUACAAGCCUCUAUGCCUACCAUCGUACCUGCAUCCAAUCCCACCCUCAUACAUACCUCAACCCUCACGCAAGAAUAUAUUUCAGCAUCAGCCAAGCCCCAAGUCGAAGAAUCUCAGAAUGACGAGGUAGAUGUGUUGGAAUGUUCGGAGAGAAAUGUAGCUUCAUCCACUAGUUGCAUCCGUGGUGACGCCCACGCCACUUGUAGCCCAGAUGUGGAUGGCGGGUGGGCGUGGGUGGUGGCAGUAGCUGCCUUCAUUCAGUUCUGCAUUUCCUCAGGCAUGUAUUAUUCCUUCAGUGUAUUCUUCGUGGAGCUGCUGCAAACCUUCGAGGAAACACGGGCAAAGACUGGGUGGGUGUACUCAACUAAUUCAGCAGUGCAUAUGUUCUGUGGUCCCCUGGGCGGAUGGGUCAUUAGCCGCUGGGGCCCCCGUGUUGCCGUCAUGCUUGGGGGAAUUUUUGCUGCCCUGGGCUAUGUCAUGACUGCCUUUGCUCCAAAUCUGAAUGUUAUCUUCUUCACAUACGGCUUUGUCAAUGCUGUUGGAACGAGUCUCAAUUUCUCUGGAUGGAUUGUGGGGCUGACCAGGUUCUGGAAGCGUCGCCAUGCUCUUGCCGUCGGAAUAAUUAUGUCUGGCUCAGGUUUUGGCGUCUUCUUCCUUGGUCCUGUCAUGGAGAUCAUCGUCCACGAGUAUGGAUGGCGUGGAGCUAUGCUCAUCUGUGCUGGAAUGUCAUUCAACUUUUCUGUUUGUGGUGCUACUAUUUACAGUCGACUUAGGCAGCCUACAUUGGAAAGAGGAUUUUGCAAAGAAAACAAACUGUUAAUGGUGGUUGCUAAUGACAUGGAAAAGGCUGUGGCCAGUUGCGACAGUGACAUUAAUGACACCAGUGAGGAAAGUUUCCACAGUAAUGACAUUUUUGAAUCGGAGGCCCAUUUGGAGACCAAAACUUUAACAGAGACGCUUGCUGUGCAGCCACCAGUAGCCAUUGGAAGUGUGUGGUCACUAGCACAUCACCAUCCACAAAACCAGCAAUGCCAACACCUACAUGACUGGAAAUCUAGUAUGAAACGCCGUAUUAGAGAUAAGACUUCACCGAAGAACCAAUGUACUGGGACUGAAGUUAUAACGAUGCGGCAGUUGUUGCGUUCCCCAACCUUCUGGCUGCUGGAGGCAUCGUGCUUCUUCAGCUUCAUGGCUACCACCACCGUGUAUGCAGUCUUCCUUGACUGGACAGUUUGGUCAGGGCUGGCAGUGGCUUUCUCUGCAGCCCUGUCUGGGAGUGGUGCUGGCGAUAUCUUGGGUCGAAUGCUAGCUGGGUUCAUCAUGGGACAGGGUCUGCCUCCACUUAUACUGUUCAGUGGCAUACAAUUUCUAUUAUCUGUGACAAUUGGCUGUGCGUCAAUCUCUUCAGCUCCUUGGCAACUCGUGGCAGCCAUGGUGGGCAUGGGUGUAGCAUGUGGGCUGCAGAGUGUUCUAUAUGCUCUCAUGCCCUCACAGUUAACCUCAGGGGCUAGGGUGGGUCAUGUGCUUGGCUACCUACUGUUUGUAACAGGAGCUGGAGCCCUGUCUGGGCCCCCCAUAGCUGGUUUUAUUGUCGACAAGAUGGAGUCAUAUGCUCCUGUAUUAAUCCUGUGUACUGCUGCCCCAGCUGCCGCUGCUCUUCUCAACUAUAUUGCACACUGCACAUCUCGUUCACUUACCUCUCCAGUGCCACAAACACUUACAUGCAAUAGCAACAAGUAAACCUAUUUCACUUUGUUUGCGUGAAACAAUAUCGAGCAACAUCUUGAUUAAUUAUAAUAAUGCUGACUGUAUUAUUUAUAAUAAACAGUGAUACAUGAAAA